AUGACAUCGUCAUCACCGAAGAAUAUUGCACUCGUCGGUUCAGGGAAUUGGGGUACUGCGAUUGCUGGACAUAUUGGCGAGAAAGUUCGUGAAUUGAAAGGAAAGUAUAAUGAAAAGAUCAAAAUGUGGUGUAAAGAAGAGACACUAGACGAUGGAAGUAAAUUGACCGAAGUGAUUAAUAAAGAACAUGAAAAUGUCAAAUAUUUACCUGACCAGAAACUUCCGGAAAAUGUUAUUGCAGUGGCAGAUUUAAUAGAAGCGAUCAAAGAUGCUGAUAUUUUAAUCUUUGUCAUUCCACAUCAAUUUGUGAAAAAAACUUGCGAACAGUUGAAAGACAAAGUCAAAAAGGAUGCAUUCGCACUAACACUGAUCAAAGGAUUUUAUGUCGACGAAAAAACCAAUGAACUCUUACUGGUAUCAGAAAUUAUCACCAAUACAUUGAAUAUCCCAUGUCUUAGUAUGAUGGGAGCAAAUAUUGCCAAUGAAGUCGCUGAAAAGAUCUUUUGUGAAGCAACUGUUGGCUCUCGUAAUGAUAAACAUAGCGAAGACAUUCGAGAAUUAAUUGAUACGCCUCUCUUUCGCUUGCGCUUUUAUCCAGACGUGGAAAUUAUUGAAAUGUUAGGUGCUUUGAAAAACAUUGUGGCCAUGCUAGCCGGCUUCUCCGAAGGUUUACAAGCAGGAUUCAAUACUCGUGCUGCCGUUCUUCGUUUGGGUUUUCGUGAAAUCAUCAAUUUCUGUCGUUUGUAUAAAAAGGAAUCAACGCCCGAUAUUUAUUUGGAAUCCUGUGGUAUAGCUGAUCUGGUCGCUUCGUCGUUAGGCGGAAGAAAUUACAAUGGUGCUAAGAAAAUGGCUGAAACGAAAAAGUCGUUGAAGGAUAUUGAGAAAGAAGAUCUCAAUGGACAAUCAUUGCAAGGUCCGGGCACAGCAAAAGAAACAUUUCGUUAUCUUCAAGCGAAAAAUCUUCUGGAUGAAUUUCCGCUAUUUCGUGAUGCACAUCUGAUUUGCGAACAGAAGAUUGAGCCGAAACUCAAAAUUAUGGUAUCGUCAACAACAUUUUUGCUUCUACUUGCAUCUACUCUAAUGACAACUUAUGGUCGCACAUUGAAUGGACCAGAUCAAUUCAUACCAUUGCUAUUUUCAUCCGUUAAUCCAGAUGAAAGUAGCGCAAUACCAUCGCCUGACGGUCAAGGUCGGGUUGUCAGCGUUGUCGAACAAAUCAUCAAAUACGUGUCCUCAAUCAGAUCGAGUGAAAAUUUCGUUGAAAAUCUCGUUGGUCGUCAAAAAGAAAUUACCCACAAAGUGAAAGUGCUUACAUUUUUAAACAAAUGCUUCGAAAUGACUCACGACGUUAUCCAACGAGAAAUUGACCGUAUGAUUGGAAUGCCAGUAUCGACUUUAACCACAGUCAAAAAAUCUUCACGCACAACAUCGACACCAUUCACAUUGGAAGAACUUCAACAAGCACAAAGCAAAGUCAACGAAGUACUCACUAGCAUCGAAAACCGCAUGGCUGCCUUGAAAGCAUGGAUUCCUCCAACAAUGCCCUUUCUGGGUUUCGUUUGA